CGGAUUUCCAGAUAGCAAGUCAAAUCCCACCGACGCGGCCGACACGUACGCCUAAAGUUCACGGACAAGACGAAAGGGAAGCUAAUCAAACUGGCGCCGUUCAAGUUCCCGUUCUCCAAAAUGUCCAAGUCGCGCAGCAGCGACGAGAAGGACAAAGAGAAGGACAAGGAGAAAGAGGCGGACAGCGAGGCGGAGAAGGACAGGGAUUGUGAAAAGGAGACGGAGAAGGUGGACGAGGAAACGGAGACAGACGGUGAGAAGGAGGUCGUCGCGAAAGACAACAAGGAACGAAACGACGAGAACGAACGGGAGGAGACGGCGAACGGUGGAAACGUUCAGCUGUCCGUGAGCCAAUUGCAAUUGGACGACGAACCGGAAUCCAAUUUAAAGUCACCGGUUUUUGGCGAUUCGAACAGCCUGAUGGUGAGAAAUGAACCGGCCAUACCGAGCUCCCCGCCCCCCUCGUACGAGCACGUGAUCGAACAGACGCGAUUGGAGCACGCCGCCGAGGCGCAGAAGAACGAGACUGACAAGAACAAUGGCAGCGAGGCAUCGGAGGAGAACAAGAGAACGAGAGGGCCGCAGAUCCUUCACAAAUCGAGCAAGGAGUUUUACAGAGCCGUGGCCAAACAGUGGGGCAUCACUUGCAAGAUGAGCGACCACUGCAGGUGCUUAGAUUGCCAGAGUCGUUAUUUCGACUGCGAGUUCGACAAGAACGAGCACCAGAAGACUGACGGCGGCCUAGGCGCCGGUACGCCGAUGUUCAUCUCGGAGGUGAUGCAAGGAUCCGGCUGCGUUCUCCUUUAAAACGCAGUGGCAUCACAGGAUAACGAGAGAGGAUGAUGAUCCUUGCGACACCGUUCGGUGCUCUCGUGCAAGGACCAGACGUUCACGUGAUCGCGCACAAAAACCAAGGCCGACUGUUCCGAAACAUGAAAAUGGACCAGAAUAUAGACGCAAAACGAACACACACCAGGACCUUUCUACCGUGGUCACAUGACCCUUCGAAAC